AUGGCAUCAUUGGCCCCUUUGGGAGUCCGGCCACCUGCAAGCAGGAAUCGGUCGGCGAAUUCGGCUCCCGUGGCUACGGUAGCUGCGGUUGUCGGGGCCUCGCGCGUGACCAAAGAUCAUGGAGCGCAUUCGGCACCGACGGGUGCUGUGGGUACGCUCGGAGACGCUAAGCAGAAGGAUGUGAAGGGCGUGGAGACGGAGGUGCCGCCCGCCGAUCCCAAAGAGCCGGCUCCAGGGACUGGCAAUGGAGCUGAAGGGGGAACUACUUCCAACGUUGCUGCAAAGGGUAACACGGGAGAUGGGGUUUCGAUGAGAGGGGAUAACAGCGGAAGGGAGGACAAAGAGAAGGGAGAAAAGGAAGUGGAGCAGGGGGUGACCGAAGAGCUAGGGGCGCCUGAUGAAGUUUUGGUCCCCAAUGCGGUUUUGGUGGCUUUCCCCGAUGCUGCCGCGAUUACCAAGGAGCCGUUGAUUUCGUUGGUGAACUCCGAAGGCUACAGCAUCGUCUCCAAGGCAGAGUUGACUACACAUUUCCUUCCCAAAGGUUGGGUUGGAACUUUGAUCUUGAAGCCGGGCGCAAGUGACGACCCUGUGAGGUUGUCGCCGUCGUUCGAUCCUGAUGGAGGUGAGUACGUAUGGUGGUUGGGAGCGGGAGAGUACGUGAUGGAGGCGCAGCCGAAGCAACAGCGUGGGGGUUUGGGGUUAGGUAGAGGGGGAGCGAGGGGUGUAGCAGGAGGCGUUGCGAGGACUGCGAUGCACGGGCAAGCUCGUACGG